AUGUCGGGAACACAGAGCCGGAGUCUGAGCCAGAGCCUGGAGCGGCGGCGAGCAGCCGGGCGACUGCUGCUGCUGCCCGCUGUGCUGCUAUGCCUGUGCCGCCGGGUAGCACCGGAGCCGAUCCACUACACCAUCCCGGAGGAGCUGGGCACAGGUUCGCUGGUGGGGCGGCUGGCGAGGGACCUGGGGCUGAGCCCGGCAGAGCUGCCGGCACGCAAGCUACGGCUGACGUCUGCCGCUAAAAGACAGAUGCAGUACUUCACCGUGAGCGAGGAGAGCGGAGAGCUGUAUGUGAGCGAGAGGCUGGACCGGGAGGAGAUGUGUGGCAAGGCACCGACCUGUUCCGUCAGCUUCGAGGCGCUGGUGCACAACCCGCUCAACGUUUUCCAUGUGGAGGUGGCCAUCCAGGACGUCAAUGAUAAUGCGCCGCGCUUCGUCCAAGACCAUUUCCAGCUGGAAAUCAACGAGUUGACUGCUCCCGGUGCCCGCUUUCACUUGGGCAUGGCAGAUGACGCAGACGUGGGCAGCAAUUCCCUGCAGAGCUACGAGCUGGAGACCAACAAAUACUUUGAGGUGGAGGUGAAGGAGAAACAGGACGGCACUAAGUUCGCGGAGCUGGUGCUGCGCCGAGCGCUGGACCGGGAGAGAGAGCAGAGCCUGCAGCUGGUACUGACGGCCCUAGAUGGCGGCGACCCGCCCCGCAGCGGCACCGCCCAGCUCUUUAUCAACGUCACCGACGCCAACGACAACGCCCCCGUGUUCGCGCAGGACCGGUACCGAGUGAACCUGCGCGAGGACUUGCCGCCGGGCUCGAUGGUAUUGAACAUCUCGGCCACCGACGCUGAUGCAGGAAGUAACGCCCGGAUCACCUACGGCUUCGGGAAAAUGCCAGCCAAGGUGCUUCAGAAGUUUGUAGUGGACGCAGAGAGCGGGAUCAUCACUUUGCAGGAAGCGCUGGACUUCGAGGAGACGAGCACGUUUAGCUUGGCCAUUGAAGCAAAGGACGGGGGCGGACUGGUGGCACACUGUGAAGUAGAGGUGGAGGUGCUGGAUGUGAACGACAAUGCACCCGAAAUCACCGUGCUGUCCGUUUCGAGUCCAGUUUCUGAGGAUGCUCCGAUCGGAACGGUGGUGGCGCUGGUGAACGUGAACGACCCGGACUCAGGGGAGAAUGGUCAGGUGCGGUGCGAGCUGUCGGGAGAGGCGCCGCUGUCGCUGGUGGCAUCGUCGGGCGGUUUAUACAAGGUAGUGACGGCGAGCGUGCUGGACCGGGAGCAGGCAGCCCAGCAUCGGGUGACGCUGGUGGCCAGGGACAGGGGCAGCCCACCGCUGUCGAGCCAAGCGACGCUGGUGCUGGAGGUGUCGGACGUGAACGACAACGCGCCGGUGUUCGAGGAGGAGGUGUACAGCGCCUACGUGGCCGAGAACAACGCAGCGGGAGCGUCGGUGCUGCGCGUGCACGCACGGGACGCGGACGCGGGUGCCAACGGGCGCGUCAGCUACUGGCUGGAGGGCAGCAGCGCGGGCUCGGUAGCGCCGCCGGUGUCGGUGGAGGCGCAGAGCGGCGCGGUGUACGCGCAGCGCUCCUUGGACUACGAGCAGUGCCGCGAGUUCACGGUGACGGUGCGGGCGCAGGACGGCGGGGUGCCGGCGCGCAGCUCGACGGCCACGGUGCGCAUCUUCGUGCUGGACCGCAACGACAACGCGCCGCGGGUGCUGUGGCCGGCGGCAGCGUCGGCAGCAGGCGAGGCGCCGCCCUUCGAGGUGGUGCCGCGCUCGGCCGAGGUGGGCUACCUGGUGGCCAAGGUGGUGGCGGUGGACGCGGACGCGGGGCGCAACGCCUGGCUGUCGUACGAGCUGCUGCAGGCGCCGGAGCCGGCGCUCUUCCGCCUGGGGCUGCACAGCGGCGAGGUGCGCACGGCGCGGGCCGUGUCGGAGCGCGACGCGGCCAAGCAGCGCCUGGUGGCGCUGGUGAAGGACCACGGGCAGCCGGCGCUGUCGGCCACGGCCACGCUGCACGUGGUGCUGGCCGAGAGCUUGCAGGAGGCGCUGCCGGAGCUGAGCGAGCGGCCGGCGGGCGCCGACUCGCCGGCCGAGCUGCAGUUCUACCUGGUGCUGGCGCUGGCUCUGCUCUCGGCGCUCUUCCUGCUCAGCCUGGGGCUGGCCCUGCUGGCGCGGCUGCGGAGGGCCGGGCCGCCCGCCGUCCUGCGCUGCCUGGGCGCGCAGCGCUUGUCUCUGGCGGGCGCCGCCUUCCCGGCCGACUUCUGCGAGGGGACCUUGCCCUACUCCUACAACCUGUGCGUGGCUCCGGGACGCGCCCUGACCGAGGCCACCUGGCUGCCGCCACCGCUACCUAGCCUGCCCGCAGAGGAGCUGCUGGGUGGUGAGUCCUGCGUGAAGCCGAGCCCGAACAUCAGCGCUCGCGCCGGUGACCCGUCUUCUGCCUCCGAUGCACCACAGGUCGAGAAGAAUCCCAUUGCUGUCAUCCAUUUCACAGUGCUGAGAACAGACGAGUAUCGGGGGAUGGUCUCACCCCCCGCCGUGUGGCUGCAGUUCCGGGAGGAGGCUGCGAGCGCCGCUGUUGACCGAGCAGGAGCCAGAGGAAGCCGGAGCGCGGCAGGCAGCCCCGUCCGCUGCGGCCCGACUCGCUCGCUGGCUUGCUCGGAGUCGGAGCGAUCUGUGAGCGUCCCCGCGGUGCGGAGCCGAGCUGCAGCGAGCCAGAGGGGCUAG